UUGUACGGCUGUACAAUCACCAUUCACCAACCACGCCCUUUGAUGGGAGCCAAAGACGAUCACUGACAACUUAUUGGCCUCUGCUUGUAAAUCAAAAGCAAACAAGCAAUCCCAUCACAGCCACAAAUCUCUUCAUUUCUGUCUCUUUGUGUGAAAUCCACUCUUCACUAGAGUUCUUGGUACCCAACUACUCCCUUGUGGCUCUCAAUCCUACACUGAGAUUCCAUUUUUAAGCCUCUUCACCCCUCAAAAGAAAGGAACUUUGAGGGUGCUUUUUGCUGGAAAUGCUCUGUCACUUUCUGAUUUGAGAACUUGGGUUGGGACUUAAAUCUCCAUCAAAUUCGAUUCAGUUUCAUUUUCUAACGUUCAAGAUGGGAGAUGUAGCUAAGGACCUAACAUCUGGAACCAUGGGAGGAGCAGCACAGUUGAUUGUUGGGCACCCUUUUGAUACCAUCAAGGUGAAGCUUCAAAGCCAGCCUGCUCCGCUCCCCGGUCAACCGCCUAAGUUUGCUGGUGCUAUGGAUGCUGUGAAGCAGACUAUAGCUGCUGAAGGUCCCAGGGGCUUGUACAAGGGCAUGGGGGCUCCACUAGCCACUGUGGCAGCCUUCAAUGCUGUCCUCUUUACGGUGAGAGGGCAAAUGGAAGCAUUGCUGAGAUCCGAGCCUGGCGCCCCCCUCACGGUUAACCAGCAGGUCAUUGCUGGGGCUGGGGCUGGAGUUGCUGUCUCUUUCUUAGCUUGCCCCACUGAAUUGAUCAAAUGCAGAUUGCAAGCACAGAGUGCGUUGGUGGCUGACACUGGCUCAGCUACUGUGGCAGUGAAUUAUGGAGGGCCCAUGGAUGUAGCCAGGCAAGUGCUGAGGUCCGAAGGUGGUGCAAGGGGUCUCUUCAAGGGCUUGGUUCCCACCUUGGCUCGUGAGGUUCCCGGAAAUGCUGCAAUGUUCGGUGUCUAUGAAGCGCUGAAGCAGUACAUGGCAGGAGGGACCGACACAUCGAAACUGGGAAGAGGGUCGUUGAUUGUAGCCGGAGGCUUGGCGGGAGCUUCGUUCUGGGGCUCUGUCUACCCAACUGAUGUUGUAAAGAGUGUGAUCCAAGUAGAUGGUUGCAAAAACCCGAAGUACAAAGGCUCCAUACAUGCAGUUAGGUCGAUCUUAGCGUCAGAGGGAGUGAAAGGGCUUUACAAAGGGUUCGGCCCCGCCAUGGCACGAAGCAUCCCUGCAAAUGCAGCAUGCUUCUUGGCAUAUGAAGUGACAAGGUCUAGUUUAGGCUAAUCAAAGGGAGUGAAAGGGCUUUACAAAGGGUUCGGCCCCGCCAUGGCACGAAGCAUCCCUGCAAAUGCAGCAUGCUUCUUGGCAUAUGAAGUGACAAGGUCUAGUUUAGGCUAAUCAAAGGGAGUGAAAGGGCUUUACAAAGGGUUCGGCCCCGCCAUGGCACGAAGCAUCCCUGCAAAUGCAGCAUGCUUCUUGGCAUAUGAAGUGACAAGGUCUAGUUUAGGCUAAUCAAAGGGAGUGAAAGGGCUUUACAAAGGGUUCGGCCCCGCCAUGGCACGAAGCAUCCCUGCAAAUGCAGCAUGCUUCUUGGCAUAUGAAGUGACAAGGUCUAGUUUAGGCUAAUCAAAGGGAGUGAAAGGGCUUUACAAAGGGUUCGGCCCCGCCAUGGCACGAAGCAUCCCUGCAAAUGCAGCAUGCUUCUUGGCAUAUGAAGUGACAAGGUCUAGUUUAGGCUAAUCAAAUGUUGUUGUGGUUAAAAGU